AUGCAAUCAAUUAACAAAAAAGAAGUACCUCAAGCAUGUCCUCAAGGUUGUUGUCCAACCUUAUUAUUGUUCAACACAUCACCACUAUCUCUCAACAGCAAAACCAAACCAAGAAACAGUUCAUCAGAGUGCCGCCAAACCUUUGCAGCAACAACAGCAUCCUCUAUUUUCCCAAACACAAAUUUCACAAACCAUGAAUCUCUUCCAUCACUUCAUGAAUCAUUCACUGAAUUCAACAAAGUUUACCCUCAAUUCUCUGAGACUCAACAUGUUGACAGUUUGAGAGCCAAAGAAUAUUAUCAUCUCACUUUCUUAAACCAAUCUUGUCUUGAUUACAUUGGUAUUGGUCUUUUCUCUUACUAUCAACGUCAACAACAACAACAACAUGAUUCUGCGUCAAAAACUCAACUUGCUUCUUCUUCAACACCACCACAAUCUCCACAACAAUUUUCUGAUAUACCCUUUUUUAGUAUAUCCUUUAAAACUGGAAAUUUGAAGACUUUAUUGCUUCACGGAGGGAAUGAGCCAGGAUUUGAGUCUGCAAUGAGAAUAAGGGUAAUGAAUUUCCUUAACAUUUCUGAAAAUGAUUAUUUCAUGGUUUUCACAGCAAAUAGAACAUCAGCUUUCAAACUUGUGGCAGAUUCAUAUCCAUUUGAAUCAUGUAAGAAGCUUUUGACAGUUUAUGAUUAUGAGAGUGAGGCAGUGGAAGCAAUGAUUAGUUGCUCAGAAAAGAGAGGAGCUAAGGCUAUGUCUGCAGAAUUCUCAUGGCCAAGACUAAGGAUUCAGUCAACAAAAUUGAGGAAGAUGAUUGUUAGUGAAAACAAGAAGAAGAACAAAAAGAAAAAAAGUGGUCUUUUUGUAUUCCCACUUCAUUCAAGAGUAACAGGAGCAAGAUAUCCUUAUCUAUGGAUGAGCAAAGCACAGGAAAAUGGAUGGCAUGUUUUGAUUGAUGCUUGUGCAUUAGGACCAAAAGACAUGGACAGCUUCGCCCUCUCCCUCUUUCGUCCCGACUUUCUCAUUUGUUCUUUCUACAAAGUUUUCGGAGAAAAUCCUUCCGGUUUUGGAUGCCUUUUUGUCAAGAAAUCUUCUAUUUCAAUUCUUGAAUCAACCUCUUGUGCUGGAAUUGUGAACCUCGUACCAGAAAGUAGGCUACUUAAGCUAUCAAAGGAUUCUUCUAGUAAUGAAAUACCUAUUGAUCAAAAAUCACCAUCUAUCUUACAAGAACAAGAGUUAUCUACUUUGAUUUCUUUCUCUGGAAGGAUGCAUACACCACAAUUUGUGCAACAUGAAGGAGAUCCAUCUGAGGAACUAAAAGCUCCUGAAGGUUCUAGAACUGUGGAAACGAAAAGGGUAUUUGAGAAUCAUCAAAUUAAGAAUGUACAAGAUAGUGAAAAUGGUAGCUUUAACAUUGAAUGCAGGUGUUUGGAUCAAGUGGACUCUUUAGGAUUAACAGUAAUUACCAACAGAGGAAGGUACCUGAUAAAUUGGCUUGUGAACUCAUUGCUGAAGCUUAAACACCCUAAUGCAGAAGGGGUUCCCUUAGUCAAAAUCUAUGGACCAAAGAUAAGAUUUGAUAGAGGACCAGCUUUGGCUUUCAAUGUGUAUGAUUGGAAAGGUGAAAAGAUUGAACCUGUCUUAAUACAGAAACUUGCUGAUAGAAACAAUAUUUCACUCAGCUAUGGAUUCCUACAUCAUAUUUGGUUUGCAGAUAAGUAUUUAGAAGAGAAAGGAAGAGUUCUACAGACAAAAGAAGGAAAAGGCCAGAAAGUAACUAUGAACAAGAAGAAAGAUAAAGAUAACUUGGGAGUAACAGUGGUUACUGCUGCAUUAAGCUUCUUGGCUAACUUUGAAGAUAUCUAUAAACUAUGGACUUUUGUUGCUAGGUUCCUUGAUGCAGACUUUGUGGAGAAAGAGAGAUGGAGAUACACAGCUCUCAAUCAGAAAACAAUUGAAGUUUAAGUAUGUAAAUUUGAUUUAUUCUUCCUGAUUUUGGAUCAUAGAAAACUCAAAAAUUUGAAUUUGGAUGAAGAUUUUAUGUUGAUUUUUUUCAAAGGAAAAUAAUCAACUUAUCCAUUCAUUUGUUCAAUAUAUUUACUUUCACUUGUUUCUUGAGCUUUAUCCAUGCAUGCAUCUAAUCCAAGGAAAAAGAAUCAUCAAACCUUUGUAUUAUUCACAGAAGUGUAAGUUUUGCCAAUAUCAUAUUAUCAUGCAACUGUACUAUAAUAAUACUUAAACUUUUUAUGAUCAGAUAUUAAAGGGUUUUGAUUA